AUGUUUCAAGGCCUGUUUGGCUCUAUAUUUGGGAUUGCCAUGGUCAUGGGGCCUCUAAUUGGCGGAGGUCUGACGGAUUCAGGCUCCUGGAGGUGGUGCUUCUAUAUCAAUCUCCCCAUUAAAGCCCCGCCCAAGGCGCAGUCCAAGCAUGUUUCUUUCUUGACACAGCUAAAACGCCUCGACCCUCUCAGUAUAUUCUUCUUUGUCCCAUCCAUAGCCUCACUGUUACUGGCCCUUCAGUGGGAUGGAUCUACUUAUAGCUGGAGUAACGGCCGUGUUAUCGCCUUCUUUAUAGACUUUGGCAUUCUGAUGCUAACGUUCGCCAUUGUUCAGAUCUAUAUGCCCGAGACAGCCACUAUUCCCGCCCGAAUAAUUACCCAGCGGAGCAUUUUCUUCAGGAUUUUAUAUACCUUCUUCACAUCAGGAGGCAUGGUGUUGAUGAUCUACUAUCUCCCUAUUUGGUGUAUGUGA